AUGUAUGUGAAAUGGUUUGAUACAGGAAUGUUUUACUAUGUGAUUUUAGUGUAUUUAGUGAAUGUCACUUUUUGUCAUUUUCAAAUUUCCCACCAGUUCCGUCCCCCGUAUGUCCCGACGCUCGCAGGGGACAAAACCCAGAUGACAGAUGCCGGCAUCCGCCGGAUUACAUUGCCGGGGACACUGCAGGAGGGACAUCGCGGGAGCGCAGGGCAAGGUAAGUGAAGAAAAGAUGCCGGAUCAGCGCUGCAUGGUAAGCCUGGGUGUAGCUCGGGGUUACCGCUUUUGCUACACUCGGGAAUACCGCCAGGGAGGUUA